AUGGCAGGAAAGAAAGGAAAGAAGAAGAAGCAACAACAGCAUCAACAACUGCAGUUCAAUGAACUAAAUAAUGAAUCACCUCUGUCCUCUUCAAGUACAACUACUACGACUAGUCUACAACAACAACAACACAAUGAGAGUGUCAACCUGCUUAGCAACUUAACGUUGUUCCCGCAUCUCCACAAGAGACGUGAGACACACUCAUACAUAGACAAGUUCGAGUUCAACAAGAGCACCGGUGUCAAGUGCAGUUCAGCAUUCUAUCUACACGGUCAACCAUGGUCCAUUGUGCUGAGGUCACCAUUGCCACAGGAUCCCGACGUUCUUCAUGCCUAUCACGACAAACACAUCUCCAUCUUCCUUGUCGCCGUCGAGACAAAGCCACUAUCGGCUCGCAUCGACUUCUCAAUAGACAUUAGACCCAACAACUCAAAGUCCAAUGCCAGUCGAUCCUCUGCCUUUUCACAGUAUGCAACAAAGUACACAUCAUUCGAGAUCACAAGCCAAUGCGCAUAUACUGGCUUCCAGAACUUCAUACGACUAGGCGAUUACAAUGACAUGUCUGCACUCAGUGAUUCAUUUGUGAUCACCAUCAAUAUGGACGCCGUCGUGGACAAUGAUUCAAUGUUUGGCAAACGUAGCUAUCUCGAGUCGGUCAUUUGCAAAGCUAGUAGUCUGUUGCAGAUUGAGCAUAAUAUCUACGUUUCAUUGAUGCUCUCUUUCUACUUUAUGCCCAUUCUGCGGCGUGCUAUGCUCGAGUUGCCUCGCACCACCACCAACGUUUGGGCCAUGGAGCUUCAAAGGAUCAUCUACCAGCUGUCCAAGGAUCGUCCCGUCGUUGACAAUCGCUUCGCUCAGGCCAUCAACUUCUUUAGCUACUUCUACAUGACACCCUCACCUCCACUGACAGAGACGCACAAGGAGUAUGAGUUUGACACCAUCCUACAAAAGACACUGGCACAGGCAAUCUCUUGUAGCUUGCCACAACAACAGACCAAACUAAAGUAUUACCUAUGCUUUGGUAAUAAUGAUGAAACAGAGAGUGUAUAUACGAUCAACUUGGACAACAAAGUAAUCAGUGGAGAUAUGGUUACUUUACUGCGGAAUAGUAAUAGCCAGCUUAGAUUAAUCGACCUCUUCCCAUCAGUACUCUUUGUCAGUCUACCUCGAUUGUUCAUUGAUGAGAAUAACAAGACGACAGAAGAGUCAACAACAGCAUCACCUGGAUUCAUCCCAUAUGAGAAUCUGCGGCGUGCCGAAAUAGACUUCCCCGAGGACUUCUAUUAUGACCAGGUACUUCAACCGGACGAGGACAUUGACCAACGAUCCAGCGAGAAUCAUUAUGUACUAUACAGUGUAUGGAUGCACGAGCAUCCCGAAGACGACUAUCAAGGCACCUACUAUACAUUCCUGCGGCCUCUCGAUCAACCGCACUGGAUCAAAGUCAAGGGUGACUGUGUUGAGGAGGUAUCCUUCAAGUAUGUCAGCAAGAUGGGAAUAGGUCCAGGUACAGAUCGAUUCCCCUAUGGUGUAGACAUGGUCACUUUGAAUGGUAGAAUCUCAAGAAACUACUCAUAUGCAUACAUGUUGGUCUAUGUACUAGAGUCAGAGAUGAGGAAUGUAUUUAACGAAGAGGAUAACAAGUUCACUGUUGACCUUGAUCAUAUAUUAUCAAACGAGAAGGAUAAGCCAUACUUUAACUCUGAUAUCAAGGAGUUACUCAAUCCAUUGUCAAACGAACAACAUUCACCAUCUGUGAAACAAUCACAGACAUCAUCAUCAUCAACUUUGAAAGCAACUCCCUCUCCACCUCCCAAAGCACCAGCAUCAUCACCAUCUGGGAAACCAUCACAGACAUCAUCAUCAUCAUCACCAUCACCUUUGAAAGCAACACCCUCACCACCUCCAAAGGCAGCCGACGCUUCGCCACUAUUAUCGUCCUUGGUACCUCAACAAUCUGGUUCCAGAGCAUCAAAGAAGAAAAGGUCUAGUGGAGGAGGUGGCGGUGGUGGUUGCGAUAUCAAUGAAGAGCUAUUUAGAGGCACACCACUCAGCAAGCUACUCUUUCCAAUAGCACAACUGGACCAAGAGACAUUAAUGAAGAUUCACAGAAGGAGCGACAAUGACAGUGAUGAUGGUACCUCAGAGAAUGACGACUUUGAUGAAGCAAUGAUGCAGCAUUUGACCGACGCCACUCAAAAUUGGUUGACUGGUGGUGCUGGUGGCGAUCACGACACUGAUGACUCAGCACUCAACCAUAAGCUAAUGGAAUGGCAAUCACAACUGGCAAGGAUGCAGAAGCAGUUCGAAGACAAGGUCAAUGAGUUGGAGAUGACACUUAGUGAGAGUCGCCAGAUCACAAAGCAAAUGGAUCUGACAAAGAAGGAGCUGGAGCAGAGUCAGCGGGCAAUGGAGCUGACCAAGAAGGAGAUGGACACACUGUCAAAGUCUUUGGAGAUCAUUGCCAAGGAGAAAGAGGAGAUGAAGAAGCAAAACGAGCAGUUGAGCGAGAAGCACAAGAAGGCGAGUAAUCUGAACGAUAUUCAAAGAAAAGAGUUGGACACCCAACGAUCACAACUGGCACAGUACACCAAGCAGAGCGAGUCGUUUAAGAAUUCAAUGGCCAAGAUAUCUCAGACCAAUAUGGAGCUCGAAAAGGAGGUGGAAACUCUUCGUCAGACCGUCAAGGAGGAGUGUGAGCUCCGAGAGCGAGAGCAGAGUGAGACCGGUACAUUGCGGAAGCAGUUAUCAGAACUACAGCUGGAAAACCGCCGACUUUUAGGCGACCAAACUGCUCUUUCGGCAAUGGACAUGAACCAGUUGGUGAACCUCAGUCAGUUGGUUGGCAAAUCACUGUACACCAUAAACGAACAACUGCUGCUGCUGCUGUCAACAUCAUCACAUUUGAUCUGCAGCUGUAACCGUCUUAAAAUACACUCCACCCUGCCAAUGACAUAUUACUUGUACUUUAUGUACAUAUAUGUACAAAUUCAUCAACAACAAUAA